AUGUAUACCAGUUAUAAUAUUGAUUUUGAUAACUUAGAUGAUUUAGAAAUUAAGUGUGUUAAACAUGGUAUUUUAGUAAAUACUGAAUUUGCUUGUUUUAUCCGUAAAGAGUAUCUGGGUAGAGAUAAAUUUAAUUUUCUUAAACAUUAUGUUUCAAGAAUUAUUUGUUUUGAUCAAAUUAAAAAAGAAUCAGAAAUGAAAUUUUAUAAACCAUUUUAUUUGUGGAUAAAGCCGGUUCCUAAUUCUAAUACUUUUAAGCAUUUAUUGGAUAAUUAUAAUCAUUUAAAAUAUAAUGUAGGUAAAGCAUUAAUUAUGUAUGCAGAUGAUGAUAAUAAGUUUAAUAAAAUAUACUUUGAAUAUGAUUUUGAGCCAGAAUUAGAAUUAUUUAGAAGUGCAGCACUAUCAUGCAAUGAAGAAAUUUAUAAUGAUCAAUUACAAAAAGCUAAAAAAUUAGGAUACUUUUAUAUAUAUUUAGAUAUGGAAAAUGAAGUCGUCCUAGAAGAACCUAAGAAAAUUGAUUCUAACAAUGUUGAUAUUAAAAUGGAGUUUGAUGUAAAUAUAUAUGAAUUUUUAAAAGUAGAUUUUGUUACAAAUAAUAUAAAUUUACCAGAAUUUGAUUCUAGUAGAUUAGAUAUAUUCUCAGAAGACUAUGAAGAAUAUGAAAAUUAUACUAAUUUUUAA